AUGGUCAAUGAAGAUGAGUUUUGGUAUCUGUGCUGCAUAGCGGAUCGGAAGCUGACUGCCGUUUGCCACCACUGCGACGGAUGUGGACACGAGACUUUGGAGGACUGCCCAGCCUGGGCUGAAGACCGCGUAGCCUUGUGCGCGGUCGUGGGGCUUCCCCCACAACAAUCGGCAGCGAAAGGACUUCUCCUUUCGCUGCCGAUUGUUGUUCACCGUAUGGUCGACAGCGGGACGUCGUGGACAGCGGUGCAGGCCUUAGCGGAGUGCGUCAUCCUCCGCAAAGAGGCGGCGGAGAGAGAGCGCAAGGACACCACUGACCUCGCCGACCGCCGUUGGCGCCCAGAGCACAAGCCUACGGCCUGCACCUGCAGUCUAUUCCGAUAG